AUUUUAAAUAGGCGGUGCUAAGGCUCGUGACAUCAUAGCUUUCCAGGGUUUUGGUACCAGUACGUGUGUGUGACCCACUUUUUAUAAACAAAGCCAGCAAAAUUCAAAAGCAGGAGAACAGGCAGAUAAAAGGAAAGUUGAGCCAAUGAGCGGAGGAUGAAGGUGUCAAGGUCUGAGGAAGAAGAGAGGGUUGAGCGGCAAGUGCACAAGAGAGAGAGAGCGAGAUAAGAAGAGCAUCGAGGUGUGAGAGAGAGAGACGGCAAGAGGAAAUCGGUGAAGACACAGUGAGCGGGAAAGAUAGACACAGCUUUGUGUUGCUGCUGAGAUGUCUGCACAAAGAGACAUGAAAGAGAAGAACCCUUGGCACAAAUGUGGCAUUGUGGCGGUGGCUGUCAUUGGCGUCAUUGCUGUGGUGGUCCUGGUGGCCAUCUUGGUAGUCCAGAACAUGCCGCUCUCACAGAAAUACAAGUAUGGGAUCGUGUUGGACGCCGGCUCGUCGCACACGACCGUCUUCAUUUACGAGUGGCCAGCCGAGAAGGACAAUAACACAGGGCGCGCCCAGCAGAAACAUGCCUGUAAUGUCAAAGGCAAGGGGAUCUCCAGCUACGCGGAGACGCCGUGGAAAGCCGGCCAGUCUUUGAGGGAGUGCAUGCAAGAAGCGGAGAUAACCAUCCCCCAUGAAAGACAUGCUGAGACGCCCCUCUACUUGGGGGCCACCGCGGGCAUGAGGCUGCUCAAUAUGAAGAACAGCACAGCUUCGGAUGAGGUGUUCAGGGCCGUGUCGGACGCCCUGCAGACCUUCCCCUUCUCCUACCAGGGCGCCAGAAUCCUCAGCGGCCAGGAGGAAGGUGCCUUCGGAUGGGUCACCGUCAACUACCUGGACGACCGCCUCAAACAGGGCCUGAAAACCACGGGGGCCCUGGACCUCGGCGGGGCGUCCACCCAGAUUAGCUUUGUGUCCAAAACGUGGGACGGCACCGAGUCGCCCGCCAACUCUGUGACCUUCCGCCUCUACGGAAACGACUACAACCUUUACACACACAGCUUCCUGUGUUAUGGGAAGGAUCAGGCUCUCAGAAUGGCAAUGGCGCAACAAACGCGGUCAGGUCCUUCGAGUAUAAAUGACCCGUGCUUCCACCCCGGCUUCGUGGAAACAAAGAACUACUCGGAUCUCUACGACAGCCCCUGCGUGUCGGACAGGAAGCCUCAGGCGGCUCCCGCGUCCUUUCAACACACUGGACUCGGAAACUUCCAACAAUGCCAGGACGUCGUCCGGACCCUGUUCAAUUUCAGCCAAUGCAAAUACAGCCGCUGCUCAUUUAACGGCGUCUUCCAGCCUCCCUUAGAGGGGUUAUUUGGGGCGUUUUCAGCCUACUACUAUGCCAUGGACUUCUUCAAACUAACCAACAUGUCCAUCCCUCUGGAUGAGGUCAAGGAGAGGAUUGCCAAUUUUUGUGCUACACCCUGGGAAAAGGUCAAGGAGGAGAAUCCAAAGGUGAAGUUAAAGUUUUUAGUGGCGUACUGCUUUGCCGGCACCUACCUCAUCACCCUGCUGACGGAAGGAUACAACUUCACCUCAGAAAUGUACUCCAAUAUCAAAUUCAUUGACAAGAUUAAAGGCAGCGACGCUGGUUGGACUCUGGGCUACAUGUUGAACCUGACCAACAUGAUUCCCGCCGAGGCCCCAGACGCGCCGCCGCUGCCAUACGGCAGCUACGUGGCUGUUGUCACCAUCAUGGCUGCUUUACUGUUGUUCCUCCUCUUGCUCGCCGUAUGCGCCUUCAGGCCUGGAUGCACCAAGCAGCCGCAAAUCGUAUAGACAGACACGAAGUGAGUGUGUCGAAUGGACUGUUGGUCUGAGUGUAAAAAUGUGAUGUUCAUAUAAGGUUGUAAGAAUAAAAUAGACUACAUUUUA